CUUUCUGCUGCUCUGCUCUGAUCACACGCGUCGCUCUCUCAGGCGGAGGACAUGAUGAUGAUGAUGAUGAUGAUGUUCCAGCUGCUCCUCCUGCUCCUCACCGUCGCUCCGCUCGCGCAGGGGGUCCCGGGGUUCCAGCUGCGUCUGGAGGGCGGCAGGAACAGGUUCGAGGGCCGGCUGGAGGUGCUGUAUAACGGCGCGUGGGGAACCGUGUGUGACGACGACGUCAACAUCAAUCUGGCCAACGUGGUGUGUCGCGAACUGGGCUUUUCCCGCGGACUCACCUGGGCUCACAGCGCCAAGUUCGGCGAGGGCCGCGGUCCGAUCUGGCUGGAUAACGUCUGGUGUUCGGGCAGCGAGAGCUCUCUGUCGGAGUGUCGGUCAAACGGCUGGGGUGUGAGCGACUGCACUCACGCUGAAGAUCUGGGAGUCGUCUGCAGUCCGGAUCCACCCAACCAGGGUCACGUCCCCCGGUACCAAGAGCCUCCUUCACCUCAGAUCUCUAACCUGGUCUCGAACGCUCCUCAGCGCGGGCACGAGAUCGGCCUCCACCGCGGCGGCCGCGGCCCGUCCUCACCGCAGCUCACCGGUCAUCGCAUCCAGCUGCGCAGGAACGGGUUCGAGAGUGCCGUCACCCCGCGGGGACACCAGAUCCCGGACUUCCUGCGCAGCAGAGCCUCCUACAGACGAGCACAGGAAGUGACGCCCGCUCAGACCACACGAAACCCUGAGAGACCAGCACCAGCGCCGGAGCCGGUUUACAGUCCCGAGCCGGUGGAGCACAGUAACAGGAUGGAUCUGGACUUCACCGACAUGGACGAGCAGUUGUCUGGGUCGCUCCGGCUGGACGAGGUGCGUCUCCGAGCCGUUCUGAGCGCCGCUCGGAGCGCUGCCAUGGUGACGGAGGGUGUGCUGGAGGUGAGGCAUGCUGGGAAAUGGAGGCAGGUGUGUAGUGUGGGCUGGGAUCUCAGCAGCAGUCGUGUAGCGUGUGGCAUGCUGGGAUUCCCGUCAGCGGAGCAGCUCGACACACGCGUGUACCGGCUUCGCAGGGUUAAUGUUUGUCCGUGUCUCUCUCAGUUGUCUGGGUCGCUCCGGCUGGACGAGGUGCGUCUCCGAGCCGUUCUGAGCGCCGCUCGGAGCGCUGCCAUGGUGCCGGAGGGUGUGCUGGAGGUGAGGCAUGCUGGGAAAUGGAGGCAGGUGUGUAGUGUGGGCUGGGAUCUCAGCAGCAGUCGUGUAGCGUGUGGCAUGCUGGGAUUCCCGUCAGCGGAGCAGCUCGACACACGCGUGUACCGAUUUCUAGCAGGUAAAUGGGCUUGUGGUGUCCAGACAUCAGCACGUGGAACAUGUGUUUGUGUUUGUGCAGGUACAGGUCCGAUCCACAUGAACGCGGUGCAGUGUUCGGGCCGGGAGAGCUCCAUCACACAGUGCCGCUUCCAGGAGGUUCCGCGUUACUCAGGCAAACACUCCCAGGAUGCAUCUGUCCGCUGCAACGUCCCCAACACCGGCCUGAGCGCGACGGUGCGUCUGGCGGGGGGACGGGAGGCGGCGGAGGGCCGGGUGGAGGUGCUGAUGGAGGUGAACGGUCAGCAGCGCUGGGGCUCCGUCUGCAGUGAGAACUGGGGCAUUAAUGAAGCCAUGGUGGUGUGUCGACAGCUCGGCUUCGGCUUCGCUUCCAGAGCCCAUCAGGAGACCUGGUUCUGGCCCAGCAGCUCCGAUAAUAUUUUGAUAAAAAAUGCUCCCCAAUGUGGUAUGUUGUGUGUCGCUGCAGCGGUUAAAUGUGUGAUUAAUGAGCGUGUGCUGUGUGUGUCCUCAGCGGCUCCGGAUCUGGUGAUCGAUGCGCAGCUGGUGCAGGAGUCUGCGUAUCUGGAGGACCGUCCGCUGCACCUGCUCACCUGCGCUCACGAGGAGAACUGUCUGUCGUCCUCCGCCGCGCGCAUGAGCUGGCCCUACGGUCACCGGCGGCUGCUGCGCUUCUCCUCACGCAUCAUGAACCUCGGACGAGCCGACUUCAGACCACGAGCCUCGCGAGAGUCCUGGACCUGGCACCAGUGCCACCGGCACUACCACAGCAUCGAGGUGUUCACACACUAUGACCUCCUGACCCUGAACGGCACAAAGGUCGCGGAGGGUCACAAGGCCAGCUUCUGUCUGGAGGACACGUACUGCCCUGAAGGCCUGAGCAAACGCUACAGCUGCUAUAACAUGGGUGAUCAGGGCAUCAGUGUGGGCUGCUGGGAUACGUACCGCCACGACAUCGACUGCCAGUGGGUGGACAUCACCGACGUGCGGCCCGGAGACUACAUCUUCGUUUCUGUACGGCUGCCACGCCGGUGA